UGUCAAUAUUGACUUGAGUCAGCUUUGCGGGUGCGAGGACACAAAGAUUUGGGAUAUUUAAAAUGGACGAUCAAGAAAUGCAACUCAAAGUCAAACGAGUCACCGACAAAUUCACGGAGAGCAUGUACGUUUUGGCGAACGAACCGUCCGUUGCCCUUUAUCGCUUACAGGAACACGUUCGACGGUCGCUGCCUGAGCUGGUGCAACACAAAACAGAUAUGCAGAGCUGGGAAGAGCAAAGCCAAGGAGCUAUUUACACAGUGGAAUAUGCGUGCAGUGCAGUGAAAAGCAUGACCAACAGCGGUCUCUAUUUCAAAAGCAUAGACGGUUUGCUUCGCCAAGCUAUCACGCUGAAGGAUCAAAUCAGCAAUACCCAAGGCCGGAGGAGAAGAGUGAUGGAGCCAGGCACACUGAGGGAUGUGGCAGAAAAACACAGCACUGGAAUAUGAACUGACCCCUGAGCCCUGUGUGUGCGUGUGUGUGUGUGUGUGUGUGUGUGUGUGUGUGUGUGUGACCAGAGAGAGGAGGGUGUGAGGCCGAUAUCCCUCUGUUUUAGUGGACGAGUUCAGGCCUUGACUCCUCCUCACACCUCUGCACUAGGAUGGAAAUCACCUGCCCUACCAGACUCUCCAACAGAAAAAAAACAGGAAUGGACAUUUGUAAAGAAGACAGCAGUUGUUCUGCUUACAUCUGUCACUUUCACACGGAGGACGUGUAAAUGCUGUUGUGUCCUUUUUUUUUCCCCGUUUGUUUUGUUUUUUGUUUUUGUCUUUUUUUUACUGUUUAAAACUGGACCAUUUUGGAGAGGGUGUUCUGUUUUUAGUGCCCACAGAAUGUAAGUUUGUUCAUAUAUUAGCAACUGAUGCAUGACAUCAGUGUACAUGAUCAAAGUGAGUAGAUUUAAAUAUUGUCCUAAUUUAUGUAACUGAAAAACACUUUGCUUUGAGGUUAUCUGGGGGAACCUCAUUUAAAUGGCGUUUGCGCCAAUUUGAAUUGUUAAAAAAAACCGGUUAUAUAAAACCCAUUCUUUUCACAUAUUAUCACAAAGAAAAGGAUAAAAGUAAUUGAGCGUUCCCGAAUCUAAAGUCCUUGAGAAGUUUGGUUUACCAGCGUUUGGGUUGGACUGACGUCACCUACCUGCUAAAUACACUGAUACGCCCAGGCAAAACAAGCCAAUCGCUACAUGUCGGACUGCUCUGCUGUCCAAUAGGAACCAGUCAGCCCUAAGAGAGCAAAGAAAAAAAAGUAACCAACGUGUAACAACAGGCCUUUUUGUGUGCAGAUUAACGAUGUCGCCGCAAUUUGGUGUACCAUCUCAGAGGUUCAGUUCGAAAGAGCACAAAGUUAUUUGUGUUUGAAUCGGCGCACUCGCAGAUAUGCCUCUGUUGUCAAAAUACUUUACUGUGAUGGCAUGUAAUGUUUUGUUUUCAAAAAUGUACUCUCACGACGUGGGAAAAGGUCGCGGGUCGUGAGCUGAAACUCUAAUGAGAGGGAGCUAUUGUGCUUCGCGCUUCAGACAUGGGGCCGCUAUUCCUGCGCUAGGCCACCUCGCACUCAUUGAACUAGCAACUCUUACAGAACUGAAUGACGAACUCAUCUCUGUUGGAGCUGGAGAAACCCUAUCAAAACCCCAAAUAAAUCACACAUUUGCG